AUGUGAUUGCCAGAUUGUUACUGUUGCAGUAUUCCAUUAUCUCAUAUAGUUUUAUUGUUAGCGUUUCGUUUAAUCUGAACCUGCUCCGAAUAGCUACGUUUUCGCACAGCAUCACUCCGGGAUCCGCCCAAGAAACACCAGUGCCUUUAAAUGAAGUGCAGUGCGCCUCCCUCCUGCACGGUUAACAUGAGCAGAUCUUCAUACUGACAGCAGCUCUCGAGGGUGAAUACUUCAUUAAGCUGCAGAACCUCUAAUAGAACUGGCACAUAUUGAUUUAUUUUUUUAAUAUAGGGGUGAAGGUGUUGACUACACGUAUUUUGAGGUUUGUGCUCUUCCCCCGAAUUCCGCUGAUAGUACCAUUACAUCUCAGGGCAUUGCCUUAUUUUAUAGAUCUCAGGUGUUAUAUGCAACAUUGGAUUCUUCUACCAAGUGGUGAGAGGAUUAAUAUUUUCAAACACCGGCACACUUUUUUCCCUUCAACCGGACGCUACACCAUCGUUCUCCGACAUCUCAAACGAAAGAAAGCGUCGGUUCUACUAAUUCAAGGCUGGUGGAUAGGUUCUCUACUGUACAAUGCUGAUAAGUUUGUAUACUCUGAUGGCAUUUGUAUGGGGACUACCCGGCUUUUCGGCCUCUUACGUUCCCUGUGAGCCGUGCGAUCAGAAGGCGAUGUCCAUGUGUCCUCCGGUGCGGAUGGGGUGUCAGGUGGUGAAGGAGCCCGGCUGCGGAUGCUGCUUGACCUGCGCACUGACCGAGGGGCAAGCGUGUGGAGUCUACACGGGCACUUGUGGACAGGGACUGCGCUGCUUACCUCGAAACGGGGAGGAAAAGCCGCUGCACGCGCUGCUUUAUGGCAAAGGAAUUUGCAUGAAUGAGAAACAAGGUGUAUACAAACCACUGCCUAGAGAUCAUGAGUCAAACGAAGACACACACGUUGCAGAGGUAACAGAGGAUCUGCUUCCCCAGGCCAAAGUACCAUUAUUCCAAAGAGACCACGUUAACAGCAAGAAGGCUCAAGCCAUGCGAAAUGAUCAGAAGAGACAGGAGGCUAAACUCAGGAUGAGGGGCAAUUUUGAAUACCCACUAUUCAGAAAGGACAAACAUCAGUCUGACAUUGGUCCAUGUCGAAGAAAACUGGAUGGAAUCGUCCAGAGGAUGAAGGACAAUUCCAGAAUAAUGGCUCUUUCACUGUACCUGCCUAACUGUGAUAAGAAAGGCUUCUUCAAGCGCAAACAGUGUAAACCCUCCAGGGGGCGCAAGCGAGGCAUCUGCUGGUGUGUAAACAAGCAUGGAGUUCAGAUGCCGGGCACUGACUUUAAUGGAGGCAACAUCCAAUGCAAAGAUCUUGAAAGCAACAGAAACAACAACGAAUGAGACAACUCAGUUUUCGUCACAUAACAAUGAAAUUGUCUUUCAUCUACCA